AUGGCAAACAAGUUUGGAUUAGGGUCUUUACCUCUAGAAUCUAAAAAUCCCAUGAGUUCUACGGCGUUUAUAAACAAAGCGAAACCUUUUUUCGUGGAUCAAAUCGGAGACACCUUACAAGGGGAUAUCGAUAUGAACAAUUUCAAAAUAACUAAUUUAAAGUUUCCAGGAAACGAUAACGAUGCCGCGAACAAGAAAUAUUUACUGGAUCAAAUAAACGCAAUUCAAAUAGAUAAGGACCAUGUUGAAAAUAGAAUAAAUGACGUGAAAAGAUUCAUCAGACGAAAUAUUAAAAAUCUUGUGGACGAACCCAAACUACAACAAGAGUUAACGAGUUUGAAACGUCUUAUUCAAGUGGAUAAAACAAGUGAGUUGAUAUCUAAAUUAGACGAUAAGAUUACGAAGGUAAAAAUAGACGUCCAACGUUUAAUAGACAACUCAAAUGUAAACGAGAAUAGAUUGAAACGAAAACUAUCCGCUUUGGAAAGAAAACUUGGUGAAUUGCUAGCAGAACUAGACAAGACCGCGGACAAAACCGAGUUACAAAAUUCGAUAUCCAAUUUGAACGAAAAGAUCGUGAAGCAAAAAUCAGAUGUUCAAGAUAUAAUUAACACACUUCCCAUUGACAAAGAUACGUUGAAACAACAAUUGACUGCUUUGGAUACUAAAAUCACGGACGAAUUAGAAAAAGAAGUGGGUGUGAUUAAAAACUUUCUUCAAAAUAAAUUUCGAGAUGAUAUGAAAAAUUAUAUUAAAGAACAGGUCAAUCUUUUGGUAUCUAGAAUUCAUGACGAUUUUUUGAGACAAGAGAGAAAGUUGAGCAAAUUAGAAGCUAUUGUCACGGACAAAUCGUAUUAUUUCAAUCUACCAUUCGAAAAGUUUCCCAUGAAGGUUAAAGUCAAUAAAGUAGUCUUCAAACAAACCGGUAAGGCCGUCAAACAUAUAGCAUUAUUCAAUGAUGGUAAUUUGGAGGAGAAUAUACGUUUGAUUGAUAAAAGGGAUCAGGAAAUUGAAACGAAAAAUGGUAAAUAUGUAGACACCUUUAAAAUGGAAGUAGAAAAUGAUAAGGAUAUCAUUGGAAUCAAAGAUUUGGAUAUGAUAUUGGAGACGGAAAAUCCACCAUUAACCAACAUUGUCAAAAUUCCACCAUCACUUAUAAUACCCGUAUACGUACCCAGACCAAUAGAAUCGAGCAGUCACGAGUUUUUACGAACAACAGACUUUGAAUACGUAAAACUGUGUUUUGUUUUAGGUGGAAAAUACACCUCGUUCGAUGUUCAUAAAAGUCAACAAGAAAGAGAGUUUAUAAUACAUUUAUCGUUUGCCGAAGGUUCCGACUCCAUCCUUGAAGGUGGUGGUUUUAUUUCUAGAGCCAAGAUAAACAUCGAAAAAGAAAAAAUAAAAUAUUCAUAUCAUCUUAAAGAGGACCAUACGAAAAAAGAAAUGUCGUUAGUACGCGUAAAUGUUUUUACUUUUAAUACCCGCAAAUAUAAUAAUGCUAGGCCAAACAAGGAGGCUCUAUACGAUAUUCCGUGGUUCCAUUUAUCGGAAAUUCACUUAAUUUAA